CCGCCGGGCGGGGCGGCGCAUGCGCAGCGCGGGGCGGCCGCGGCGGCCGGACGUUGGGAGCGCGGAGGAAGGAGAGAAAAUGGCGUCGACGGAUUAUAGCACCUAUAGCCAAGCUGCAGCUCAGCAGGGCUACAGCGCGUACGCACCUCAGCCAGCCCAAGGAUACGCACAGACCACGCAGACCUAUGGGCAGCAGAGCUACGGAACUUACGGGCAGCCCACGGAUGCCAGCUACACGCAGCCUCAGACGACCGCGACGUACGGGCAGACCGCGUACGCGACGUCCUACGGGCAGCCCCCCACUGGUUACACGGCCCCGACGGCCCCCCCGGCGUACAGCCAGCCCGUCCAGGGGUACGGCACAGCCGCCUACGACACCAGCACCGCCACGGUUACCACCACCCAGGCUUCCUACGCGGCACCAUCCGCCUAUGGCACCCAGCCUGCCUACCCAGCCUAUGGGCAGCAGCCCCCUGCGGCCGUUCCCCCGAGACCCCAAGAUGGCAGCAAACCAGCAGAGACCAGCCAGCCACCAUCAAGUACAACAGGCUACAGCCAGCCCACCCUAGGGUAUGGGCAGAGCAACUACAGCUACCCCCAGGUGCCUGCCAGCUACCCGAUGCAGCCGGUUACUGCGCCUCCCUCCUAUCCUCCUACCAGCUAUUCCUCUACACAGCCGAGCAGUUACGAUCAGAGCACUUAUUCCCAGCAGAGCACCUACGGGCAGCAGAACACCUACAGCCAGCAGACUAGCUAUGGGCAGCAGAGCAGCUACGCGCAGCAGCCACCCCCAACGAGUUACCCACCCCAGACCGGAUCCUACAGCCAGCCCCCAAGCCAGUACAGCCAGCAGAGCAGCAGCUACAGCCAGCAGAGCUCGUUCCGCCAGGACCAUCCCAGCAGCAUGAACGUGUAUGGACAGGAAUCCGGAGGCUUUUCAGGCCCGGGAGAGAACCGGAAUAUGAGCGGCCCUGAUAACCGGGGCAGGGGAAGAGGGGGAUAUGAGCGCGGAGGCAUGAGCAGAGGUGGGCGGGGAGGAGGACGCGGUGGAAUGGGGUUACAAAGUGAGAGCCUUGUAUACACUUCAAUACUUAAAAAGUACCCGUACUCAGUACUCAGCCGGCAGCAUAAUGAAAAGUGGGACUAGACACGGUGUCCAUAUGGAGAGGAAAAAUAUACAUAGAAUAUUUUUAACCAAAUGUAUUCAUUGUAUAAAUGGAAUCCUUCUGUAACUUUGGUAACUGAAUACUUGUUGUUUGGUAAUAAAACCAGAGGAGGUAUACUACUUUAGAAUUGUGUAACAUUAAAAAAAAAAAAAAAAAAAA